AUGGAGAAAUUACCAAGUGAUUCUAAUUCUGAUAGUCUUGAAAAUAAACUAGGUUUUGCAAAUGAGAUAGAUUCUACAAACAAAAUAAUCAAAACAGAGGCAUCUACAUCAGUUGUUACUACAAAAUCUGCAAAAUCUAGUAUCGUACAACACAAAUUAUCUAGAAGAAAAAAAGGUGGAUCGCAAUUAAGAAGCUGA